AUUCCUAAGUUCAUCAGCUGUCCCAACACUCCUCCAGCUUCUUCACCUCGAAGAUAGCACGAGCUCAUUGUCCACUUCACUCACUCCACUGUCCGCAGCUAUCACACUAGCCCAGUGCGGUCGCCCUCCGAUGGACCCCUUCUCUUCCUUUUCCGAUCCCAACUCCUACUGCUUCGACUUUGCCGGGGAGUCGUCGUCGUCAUCGCCGUUGUCCGAUGGCAGGAGUGCAGCCGCGGCGGCGUUCAGGAACUUCUCCGACGAGGAGGUGCUCCUCGCGUCGCAUCACCCGAAGAAGCGCGCCGGGAGGAAGAAAUUCAAGGAGACGCGCCACCCCGUGUACCGCGGGGUGCGGCGGCGCAACUCGGGCAAGUGGGUCUGCGAGGCCCGCGAGCCCAACAAGAAGUCGAGGAUCUGGCUCGGCACGUUCCCCACCGCGGAGAUGGCCGCGAGGGCGCACGACGUGGCAGCGCUUGCUCUGAGGGGCAGGUCUGCCUGCCUCAACUUCGCGGACUCCGCAUGGCGGCUGCCCGUGCCGGCGUCGGCGGAUGCCAAGGACAUACAGAAGGCGGCAGCCGAGGCCGCGGAGGCAUUCCGGCAGGCAGAGUCUGAGGACUUGAUGUCAGGGGACGAGAAGAAGUUGCGUUCGGAAGAGGGAGUGCUCCAUGACGACGAGGACAUCUUCGGGAUGCCGGGGUUGCUUGCAAAUAUGGCGGAGGGGAUGCUCUUGCCUCCACCACAAUGCGGCGUAGAUGGUUACGGCGGAGAGGACGACGGGAAUUUGGACGGAUACGUGUCAUUGUGGAGCUUCUCCAUCUAAUCAUUUCUCGAUUUUCACUUGUAGUUUUCUGUUGUUAGGGACAACUUUGAUGCCGUGCUUAGAAGUUUUUAAUGGAGUGCGGAUAAAAGGUGAAGGGUAUCAAAAGACAAGAUAUAUAUAUAUUUUUUCCUUUGGUCAGAAAAGAGAGAAGAUAAUUUAGGAAGCCAUUUUGGGGCGCGUUGUUAGAUAAAAGCUUAUGGAUGAAGCACAGCUUUGCUGAUGUUGGGCCUCCAAUAAAGCGGAUAGGAAAGCGAAGCGAAGAAGGAAUUAGGCUGUGUUCGCAUCGCAGUAACAUCGGGCGUUUGCAUAUAGUUUAAUAAAGAGACUGCCGAGUCAUAAUGAUUUUGAGAGAA